AUGGAAGUUGAAUUGCCCGUGUUCAGUUACUCAAGUGUUUCUGCUGCAACAAACAACUUCUCACCACAAAAUAAGCUUGGAGAGGGAGGAUUCGGACCAGUUUACAAGGGAGGAUUACAGAAUGGGCAGGAAAUAGCCGUGAAGAGGCUUUCCCAAAAGUCUGGACAAGGUUUUGAAGAAUUCAGAAAUGAAAUCUUAUUGAUUGCAAAACUGCAGCACCGGAAUCUUGUUCGCCUCUUAGGUUGCUGCAUUGAUCAUGUUGAGAGCAUUCUCAUGUAUGAAUACAUGCCUAAUAAGAGUCUAGACAUGUUCCUUUUCGGAUCAAAUAAACAAGAAACUCUAGACUGGAAAACACGUACUCGUAUUGUUGAAGGGAUUGCUCAAGGGCUUCUCUACCUCCAUGAAUACUCGAGGGUGCGCAUAAUCCACAGAGAUCUCAAGGCUAGCAACAUUCUUCUUGACGAUGAGAUGAAUCCCAAGAUAUCGGACUUUGGGCUGGCACGUAUCUUUGGAGGCACUGAUUCGCGGGGCUACACAAAUAGAGUUGUUGGAACAUUUGGCUACAUUUCUCCGGAGUAUGCAUUGGAAGGCCUCUUCUCCACAAAUUCUGAUGUGUACAGUUUUGGGGUUUUGGUUGUUGAGAUUAUAAGUGGCAGGAAGAACACUGGCUUCUACAAAACUGACUCCCUCCAUCUUCUUGGACAUGGAUGGGAUCUGUGGAUUUCAGGAAGGGGUGUGGAACUGGUGGAUGGUAAGGUGGGAUCUGCGGCGGCUUCGAAGGCGUUGAGGUACAUAAAUGUGGGGCUAUUGUGUGUGCAAGAAAAUCCCAAUGACAGACCAAACAUGUUGAGUGUGGUGUCCAUGCUUAGCAGUGAGAUUGCAACUCUUCCACCACCUAAGAAGCCUGCCUUUUCAACUACAAAUUUGCUCAGUUCAUAUUCAUCACAGCCCAAAAGUUACCCUUCUGAACAUCACUUAACUAUUUCAGAGAUUGUGCUCAGAUGA